AUGCACUAUGGCCAUCCUGACAUCAUGAACAAGGAGUACAUGAUGCAGCAGGGAGGUGUUUCCAAGGCAACAAAGACGCUGAACCUGUCUGAGGACAUCUUCGCCGGGAUGGAUUUCGUGCUGCGAGGCGGAGGCCGUACCAUCAAGCAUCGCGAAUAUUUCCAUUUAGCCAAAGGUCGAGAUCUUGGCUUCAACACAGUGCUGGCCUUUUUCUCCAAGCUUUCAUCUGGAGCUGGCGAGCAGCUGAUCACAAGACAGACGUUGCGCCUGGGGAGUCUCCUGCCGUUGCCGGAGUUCCUGUCGUUUUACUACGCGCACAUGGGCCACUACCUGUCUCAGUGGGCGGUCUCUUGGGGUCUGCCUGUGCUUACCUUGGUUUGGCUGCUGAUCCUCCUGAAUGGCUGCGAGGACUCCCAUGACCUCUCCAUCAAGUGCAGUGCAGCUGGACAAUCUGCAGCGUCAAUCAUGGCGGAAGCAUGGCAGUAUAUUUACUCGGGCAACUUGCUUAUCGUCUUCCUCCUUGCGCAGAUGGCCCCGAUUUUCUUCGAGGUGUGGAUGCAGGCUGGUCUGGUGACCUCCGUUAUACGCCUCAUAAAGCAGCUCCUGACGCUAUCCCCGGUCAUGUUCAUCUUCCAGGCGAAGGCCCAAACAAGUUGUGCGGUCGCCUGGAGUUGCUUCUGCUCCCCAUGGGAGCACAUCUCAGCACCUGGUGAGGUUAUCGGGUUCUACACCAUGAACGAGCUCAAGUACGGUGGUGCAACAUAUGUUCAGAGCCCAACAAGCUUCGGCACUGGGCGCAGGAUCGAUUGCAGUCUGACGAGAGACGGAUUUCCCGGACUGUCCUGUAAAACGAUUCUAAACAUGUUGUGCUUGUACUGUGGCCUUCCAAUGCAGCUUAGAGCUUGUGGCCACUUGGGUGGUGCCGCCCUUUGCAGCCAUUGCUAUGGCCGACGCUGCAGUGCAAGCCCAACGCUGGAGGCAUCGUGA